AUGGUUAACGUUGUAGUGUACCGGAGUCAGGCCAUUAUGCAGUUGGACGCACAUCUGCGGCUGUGUCACAACUGCAUGUGGUACUAUAAGUUCUCUCGGCGCUUACUCUCAGUUUCUGCUGCACACUGGUCAUCCACGAGUUACUAUGACCUUCUUGGAGUUAAACCUGAAGCAUCACUGGAAGAAAUAAAGAAUGCCUUUUUUGACAAGUCGAAAAAGCUGCAUCCUGACAGUGACCCAUCUAACCCAAGUCUACAUAGCCAGUUUGUGAAGCUGAAUGAGGCUUACAGAGUGCUGAGUAAGGAGGGCAGCCGGAGGGAGUAUGACCUACGGCUGAGGCACCACUACAGUGGAGAGCAGAUCUUCAGACCCUCCUCCACAUAUACAUCCAACCCCAGUGCGGAGACGGCCGAGCGCAUGCGUUACUGGGAGCAGUUCCGGCAUGCCCAGGACUACUCUGAGGAACAAUGGCAGAAGAAGAAGAAGAAGAAUUUGCGCUUGGUGGGCUACUGCGUUGUGGCCAUGCUGCUCAGCAUCGGCAUUCACUAUUUUGGAUUCAGGAAGCUAGAAAAAGUACAUAAUACCUUCAUGGACGAAAAAGACAGGGUCAUCACUGAAAUCUACAAGGAGUCCAAAGAGAGAGCCAGGCUGAACGGCUUUAAGAAGCAGCAGGAGAUCCUGAGACAGAAACACGCUGAGUUUCUGGAGAGGUACAAGAUUCGCAAAAGUGGUCAAGAGAAGUAG